GUGUUGGCCGUCAAUUUAUAUGGUACAUUUUUAUGCCAUCCCGCCGAGAUCCGCCAGAUGCUCAAGCAGCCACUGUCGGAGGACAAGUGUCGGGGAUGUAUCGUAUCUACGUCUUCCAUGGCCGGCCUUAAUGCUUCUCCCGGUGCCUCUCCAUAUGCUAGUACAAAAUUUGGGAUCAUUGGGCUUGUUAAGACUGACUCUAUGGAUUAUGGGGCACACGGUAUUCGUGUGAAUGCUUUCUGUCCUGGUUAUACAGACACGCCAGCACUAGAAGCUAUCUCAACGGCUGAUCAACGAGCGGCUCUAGGCGCUAGCAUUCCGCUCCAGCGUGUAGGCCAGCCAGUGGACGUUGGUCGUGUUUUCGCGUUCCUCUGCUCAGAAGAGGCAAGCUAUAUGCAUGGUACAGCAUACCUAGUCGAUGGAGGAGCUAUGGCGUAUCGCAAAUAA